GUCACGACAGAGGCGUCUCUGCGCGGUCACACAUGUCGCAUCUGUUCACAGUCGUGUUUCGCGGCGCUGGCGACGACCCUGGAGGCGCUGCUGCUGAUAGGCCUGUCCUCGCACAUCAGCAAGCUGAUGCUCAUCUACACCGAGCUCAUGCGUGUCGGCAAUCUCAACUACGCUGUCAUCAGCGUCACCACUGGAGCCCCCGUAUUGGCCGUGCUCUGCUCACACCUCGCGUAUCUGUCGGCCGAGUGGCCGGUGCGCCACUGGUGGCUGGAGCUGGGCUCGCCCUUCUUCUACAUGUUCGUGGCCUCGGCCGCGCUGCUCUUCGUGCUGUUCGUGCUGCUGUCGUGCUCCGUGACGCGGCGCUUGUCUGCGCUGCGCGCCGCCAAGCUCUCCGCCAGCGAGGCUGCAGGCCUGGACAGCAGGUCGGGGUUGGUGUGCCGCGCGUCCACGCUGUUCGUGGCGUCGGCUGCAAUGCAGGCGUCGAGCCUCGCAUUCGUGAACUUACCGGAGGAGGGCGGGGCGGCGGGCCCGGGGGCGGGCCCCAUCGCCUUUGGGUCCUCCGCGGCCGUGCUCGGCGUCCUCAUCGUCUUCUGCUACGCCGUGCGGCCCGAGGCGCCCUGCGGCCCGGUGCGCUCGCCGCCUCACCGCGGCAAGGCCAAGGAGGCCACAAAGGAGGACAACGAUGGCUCGCUCACGUUCUUCACCAAGCAGGAUGCCAACGCGGAGAGCGAGGGUGGCGCCCCUCUAGACCUGAUCCGCAAGGGCGGCGCCCCUCACUCGCUGCAGCAGGCGGAGAGCGUCGGGGCGGUGCACACCGCGGUGUGGGGGCCGUACGAGGGCGCGUACUGCAUGCCGGAGGGUGUCGCCACCCGCGUCUGCGUCGAGCUCAUCGCUGGGCUGCCUACUCUAACGACGGUUGCACUGCCCCUAGGCGACGAGGUGUUCGCCGGGGGGAUGCCCGCCGUGAUGCGCUGCAACCUAGAGUCGGGCGCGAUGUUGUCUGGCGCGGGCGGGGCCAUUGGUGCCGUAGGUGCCAUAGGCGCCAUAGGCCCGCUCCCGUGCGCCGCCGUGGGCUCCACUGUCGCCCCGGGGCCCAGCCCGGACGGCGCCACCUACACCACCACGAGUUUUGUCAUCGGCGACCCGGGACCGAUCGCAAUGCCGCCCGUCACCACCGUUCCCGUCAUCACGGUCACGAGGACCGACCAGGAGCAGGCACCGGUCCAGGACGCGGACAUGCUCAACCGGAUAUCGCAGGACCUCGACUACCUGCUCAAUCGCACUCCCCCGCCAGCUCAACCACAGGGGCCGCCACCGCCAACCGCCCCGGCCCUGCCGACCAUGCCGACCAUGCCAGUGUCCAUCCUGCGCCGGCGACCCAGCUGCACAAUGACCAUCCAGGAAGCCGUCCAGGAGGAGGACGAGGAGGAGGCUGAAGCUGAGGUUCAAGGAAAUCUUGUAGUAGCUUAGAACAAAUCCAAUUUUGUGAUAUUUUCAUGUUGUAUUGAGUCGCGUGGCGCGUUACAACACAAUGUGCUGUUAUCAAUGUAAAUGUAUUCAACGAAAAGACUGUACUGUGUUUUAAAUAAUA